UCUUCAUCAGUUUCAAAUCUUGAGUUCUUAUAAUGUCUUAUUCAAGGAGAGUGUAUAAACAGUUUGAGGAGCAACAGAAAAGAUUGUUGGCACAACAGGAAGAAUUGGUCAAUCUCGAGGAAUGUGGAGGUGGAGAUAAGGCUGUUGCAAUGGAGGAGGAUGAAGAUGAUGACCAUAGAAGGCUGAUGGCCUCGCAUUCCCGCCGUGUCAUGGAAGCUGUGGGUCAAAAGCCAAACCCAGACAUGCUGCAAACUUCGAGAGAAAAAGGGAAAUACGAGGUCUUCUUCCUGAGCAAAAAAUUACGGCUGCCUUACGAAUGCUUGCAUAUGGAGCAUCUGCAGAUCAAGUGGAUGAGAUCGCGAUGAUGCAUUUAACAAAGGAAUUGACAGACAAACUGACGGAAAGUAUGACAUUGAAACAAAUUCGAUGAUAAAGUAUGACGUUGAAAUGUUUUAAAGAUGGGGUAUAAAACUGUGAUUUGCCCAAUAAUUAAG